UGUUUGGAAGGAAGUGCUUUAAGUAAGCACUUAAAAUUCUCUGUUUACAUUAGAAUGUCAGCAGAGGCGACAAAUUAUUAUUUUUUAAGCUAGCUUGAGGAUAACUCGAAGUGAUUACUUCAUUUAAAUGUGAAGAUUUGAAGGACUAAAUUUCCAAAAUGUGCAGUUUUUACUUUUUGAAAGUUAUUUUGGUGGCCGUUGAGAGCUUCUUCAUUGGAAGCAAUGCUCAGAACAUCAUAUUUAGAAAUGAAGAUGAUAUUGAUUUCAUGGAGAGCAAUUCCAUACAAUCUCCAAGAAUUCCUGAAAGUCUUCUAAUUCAAUUGAAGGAUAUUCAUAACGUAUCAGAUUUUAUAAACAGAUUCGUAACAACGAAUUUAUCAUCUCCUUUUAGUACAAGUUCAACUUCCUCUAUUGGUGGCAGAAAUGCUCUAGCUGGUGCACCACGGCCAACUCCAUCAUUUGCACAACCUGCUGCUUGUCAGCCUGAAGAUCAAAUUGUUGAACUUGAAAAGCCCGAAAGAAGUGAUGUUAUGUAUUGGCCCUCUUGUGUAAGAGUACGUCGCUGUGGAGGCUGCUGUACUAGCAAAAUGCUUAGUUGUAAUCCAGUUGCAACAUCAACUAUUUCUAUAGCGGUUCUUCAAGUGCGAUACAAUCCCCUAUCACCACACGCAUUUGAGGACCAAGGUUCACAUACAUUUACUUUAGAACAACAUGAUCGAUGUGCAUGCGGUUGCAGGGAGCAGCCCAGUGAUUGCACACCAGAACUUCAUGAAUACAGAGUAAAUGAAUGUAAAUGCGUUUGUCGAAACCAGGAAGAGUCUUCAACCUGCACUGGCCCCAAAAAGAUCUGGGACAACCAGGAGUGCAUGUGCAAAUGCAGACGUGUACAACUUUGUUCAACUGGACGCCUUUACAAUAUUCAGAAGUGCAAGUGUGAAGUACUGCGAAGCACUUUAAAUGCUCCAAGUUUGGAUCGUAAUAACAUUACAAGCAACGCAACUGUUCAUUGAAGUCAUGAUAAAAGAAUGAUCAAAAAAUAUCAAAAAUAAAAUAUUUAGAUUUUAUAGUCAA